AUGGCCGGCGCGCAGGAGUCCCUCUCCCUGGUGGGCACGAUGCGCGGCCACAACGGUGAGUCCGUGCUGGUGUGGGACCUGCAAAACCCGGUCCACUCCACCCCGGAAUCCGGCGCCACCGCCGACUACGGCGUCCCCUUCCGCCGCCUCACCGGCCACUCCCACUUCGUCCAGGACGUCGUCCUCAGCUCCGACGGCCAGUUCGCCCUCUCCGGCUCCUGGGACGGCGAGCUCCGCCUCUGGGACCUCUCCACCGGCGUCACCACCCGCCGCUUCGUCGGCCACGAGAAGGACGUCAUCUCCGUCGCCUUCUCCGUCGACAACCGCCAGAUCGUCUCCGCGUCCCGCGACAAGACCAUCAAGCUCUGGAACACCCUCGGUGAGUGCAAGUACACCAUUGGCGGCGACCUCGGCGGCGGCGAGGGCCACAACGGGUGGGUCUCUUGCGUCAGGUUCUCCCCCAACACCUUCCAGCCCACCAUUGUCUCCGGAUCCUGGGACCGCACUGUCAAGGUCUGGAACCUUACCAACUGCAAGCUGCGCUGCACUCUGGAUGGCCACGGCGGCUAUGUUAACGCCGUCGCCAGGCUGUACUCGCUGGACGCGGGCUCCAUCAUCCACUCCCUCUGCUUCUCGCCCAACCGCUACUGGCUCUGCGCUGCGACGCAGGACUCUGUCAAGAUCUGGGACCUUGAGUCGAAGCACGUUGUGCAGGACCUCAAGCCCGACAUCCAGAUCUCCAAGAACCAGAUCCUGUACUGCACAAGCUUGAGCUGGAGCGCAGAUGGAAGCACCCUCUACACUGGCUACACCGAUGGGUCUAUCAGGGUUUGGAAGAUCUCUGGGUAUGGCUACGCCGGCUAG